UUGCAGUGUCGGCCAUCUUCUUAGUCUCGUAGUGUCAAAUAGUGAACAGCUCACCAUCAGCUGACUCAAGGUCGAGGAGUUCUGGAUGAGUCAGGGCAAUACAACGAUCAUAACACAAAGCUUGUCGCGAGCGCAAUUCGUUUAUUAACUCAUUAAUACUGCGUACUGCAACAACAAUUCGCAAGCGGGCUGUAGUGUUAAACGGUAUCAUGUUUCGCGUUUCUACGGGUAUCGAGAAACUUAUCGACAAGGCCACUAGCUAUCUACUGCUGGAGCCUGACUGGAAGACGAUUAUGCAGAUAUGCGACGCCAUACGGCAAAACGACGUCACACCAAGAAGUGCAUUGGCAAGCUUAAAAAAGAGGCUCAAUGCACCGAACCCGCAUACUGCGAUGUUCGCCGUCGUGUUGUUGGAAAGCAUGGUGAAAAACUGCGGCAGCGCGUUCCACGACGAACUAACAACGCCGGCCAACUGUAAGAUGCUGCAUGAGUUGGUGAAGACAACGACGCAUGACGACGUGCGCAAGAAGCUGCUGGAGUUGAUCCAGGCGUGGAACUACGCCUUCCGCAAGAUUCCCAUGUACAGCGCGCUCAAGGAGACCAUGAACGUGAUGAAGGCGGAAGGCUAUCAGUUUCCCGAGUUGCAGGAAUCUGACGCAAUGUUCAGCGCUGACUCGGCGCCUGUUUGGGCUGACGGCGAGGUGUGUCAUCGUUGUCGCGCUGCUUUCACCUUAGUGAAUCGCAAGCAUCAUUGCCGUGCAUGCGGGCAAGUGUUUUGCAACCAGUGCUCGGCGCAGGUUUCCACUCUGCCGAAAUUCGGCAUUGAAAAGGAGGUACGUGUCUGCGACGCUUGUUUUGAUAAAGUCAACAAACCGAGCACUGCACCGGCGACUUCUAAAGAUCCAGAAUAUCAGGAGUAUUUGAAGAGUUCUCUGGCUCAACAAAAUCAAGCUCCGCCACGAAAAACCGAGCAGGAGAUUCGUGAGGACGAAGAUUUGGAACUGGCGCUCGCCCUGAGUCAAUCCGAAGCCGAAGCAAAGGAAAAAGAAAAGAUGCGCGCGACCUCCGCGUAUUUCAAGCAGGAACCUGUCAUUUCCAAGCCGGCGGUGUCCGUGGCGGACCGUACUCCGUCUCCUGAACAUCCCGAACUCGCGCGUUAUUUGAACCGCCCCUAUUGGGAGAAUCGCCCGCUUGAUACACGUGAGUCUACGCUUGACAUCUCCGCGGCUUCUCCGCCUGUGCAAGCUACAGCGCCGUACAUCACUAACAGUGAUACCAGUCUGAAAGAAAACGGUGUGGUUGACAUCGAACUGGAGGAGUUCGUGCACACGCUCAAGACGCAGGUGGAGAUCUUCAUCAAUCGUAUGAAGAGCAAUUCCAGUCGUGGUCGGUCCAUUGCGAACGAUAGCAGCGUGCAAACGCUGUUUAUGAAUAUAACCGCGAUGCAUUCCAAGCUGUUGAAGUAUAUUCAACAACACGAUGAUAGCCGGCUGUACUACGAGCGUUUGCAGGAUAAAUUAACGCAGGUUAAAGAUGCGCGCGCAGCGCUCGAUGCACUGAGGGAAGAACAUCGUGAGAAACUGCGUCGUCAGGCCGAGGAAGCGGAGUUGCAGCGACAGAUGCUCAUGGCGCAUAAACUGGAAAUUAUGCGUAAGAAGAAGCAGGAGUAUUUGCAGUAUCAGCGUCAGCUAGCACUGCAACGUAUUCAGGAACAAGAACGUGAGAUGCACAUGCGCAAAGAGCAGCAGAAGCAGCAGUAUAUGAUGGGGCCCGGACAGUACUACAUUGGGUCACCGGUGCAUGCGGGACAAUACGCGCAACAUCCACAGCAUGCUCAACAUCAGCAACAUGCGCAGCAUCCACAGCAUGCGCCACAAUCGCAGCAUCAAUCAUAUGCGGCGUAUCCUCCGCCGGGGAUGAUGUAUGCUCCGCACGCGAUGGGCGGCAUGCCGCGUGGAAUGCAGCCGGGCGCGCAAAGCACACAGGGAGCGAUGAUGCCGCAGAGUCCUAUGAAUCAACAAGGACCACCGCAAGCACCACCGCAGGCCAUGAUGUCUAAUCACGCGAUGAUGCCGCCUGGUGGUAUGGCGUAUGCGCCGCAGAUACCUCAGCAACAACAGCACCAGCCGCAUCCGCAACAGAAUAUGCAGCCAGGCGCGCCGCCAGCUAGUCCGCAGAUGCCGAAGGAUGAGUCGACAGCGACCGGUGAAUUGAUCAGCUUUCUUGAUUAGACGUGGGCCGACUUAGUCGAGCAUUUAUUAUUGAUGGCUCAGUAUGCUAACCGAUAUGUACUAUUCAUGCAAUACUAUAAAAAUUAUUUCAUGCAAUUCAA